AUGGCAAAAGUUACUGUACACAACCAUCACCAAGAUAAACUCAGACGUGUAUUGGUGAAUUAUAGACUCGCUGUGUACUCUGUAUGGCUUGUGUACUCAGAGUUGGUGCCUCCUGUCAGACAAAACACAUCAGAACACAUCAGAACACAUCAGAACACGUCAGAACACAUCAGGACACAUCAAAACACAUCAGAACACAUCAGAACACAUCAGAACACAUCAGAACACGUCAGAACACAUCAGAACACAUCAGAACACGUCAGAACACAUCAGAACACGUCAGAACACAUCAGAACACAUCAGAACACAGCAGAACACGUCAGGACACAUCAGAACACGUCAGAACACAUCAGAACACAUCAGAACACAUCAGAACACAUCAGAACACGUCAGAACACAUCAGAACACAGCAGAACACGUCAGGACACAUCAGAACACGUCAGAACACAUCAGAACACGUCAGAACACAUCAGAACACAGCAGAACACGUCAGGACACAUCAGAACACGUCAGAACACAUCAGAACACAUCAGAACACAGCAGAACACGUCAGAACAUAUCAGAACACAUCAGAACACAUCAGAACACGUCAGAACACAUCAUAACACAUCAGAACACAUCAGAACACAGCAGAACACGUCAGAACACAUCAGAACACAUCAGAACACAUCAGAACACAUCAGAACACAUCAGAACACAUCAGAACACGUCAGAACACAUCAGAACACAGCAGAACACGUCAGGACACAUCAGAACACGUCAGAACACAUCAGAACACAUCAGAACACAGCAGAACACGUCAGAACAUAUCAGAACACAUCAGAACACAUCAGAACACGUCAGAACACAUCAGAACACAUCAGAACACAUCAGAACACAUCAGAACACGUCAGAACACAUCAGAACACAUCAGAACACAUCAGAACACAUCAGAACACAUCAGAACACAUCAGAACACAGCAGAACACGUCAGAACACAUCAGAACACAUCAGAACACAUCAGAACACGUCAGAACACAUCAGAACACAUCAGAACACGUCAGAACACAUCAGAACACGUCAGAACACAUCAGAACACGUCAGAACACAUCAGAACACAUCAGAACACGUCAGAACACGUCAGAACACAUCAGAACACAUCAGAACACGUCAGAACACGUCAGAACACAUCAGAACACAUCAGAACACGUCAGAACACGUCAGAACACAUCAGAACACGUCAGAACACAUCAGAACACAUCAGAACACGUCAGAACACGUCAGAACACAUCAGAACACAUCAGAACACGUCAGAACACAUCAGAACACGUCAGAACACAUCAGAACACAUCAGAACACAUCAGAACACAUCAGAACACGUCAGAACACAUCAGAACACGUCAGAACACAUCAUAA